AUGGCUGCCCUUCAAGACGACGACGAGAAGACUGGCCCCGUCCAUGUCGAAUAUGACAGCCAUGACACCCCAGCGGACAACAGCAUCGAAGACAUCUCGACCAGCUGGUUUGUCUGGCUUGUGUCAUUUACGGCGUCCAUUGCUGGUGGCCUGUUCGGCUACGACACCGGCAUCAUCUCUGCUGUCCUGGUCUACCUAGGAACCGAUCUCGAUGGCCAGCCAGUGUCGGAGAAUGAGAAACAACUGAUUACCAGUCUCUGCUCUGGUGGCUCUUUUGUCGGCGCGAUUAUUGCUGGACUUACUGCUGACAAGUUUGGAAGAAAGCCUGCUAUCUAUGUUGGCUGCGUGCUCUUCACCGUCGGCGCGGUCCUCCAAGGCGCAGCAUACACCAUCGCGCAGAUGUCGGUUGGUCGUCUGAUCGUUGGCUUCGGCGUUGGAUCUGCCUCGAUGGUUGUCCCUAUGUAUAUCGCCGAGAUCGCACCUACAAAGGUCAGAGGGCGUCUGAUCGGCCUGAAUAACAUGUCAAUCACCGGCGGACAGGUCAUAUCCUACGGUAUCGGCGCGGCCUUUGCACACGUUCCACACGGGUGGAGGUAUAUGGUCGGUCUGGGAGGCGUUCCCUCAAUCAUCCUCGCAUGCCUGCUCCCCUUCUGUCCCGAAUCCCCCCGUCAGCUCGUCUACCACGACAAGCACGAAGAAGCAGAAGCCGUAAUCCGAAAGAUCUACAAAGGCGCGACGGACGCGCAAAUCCAAUCCAAAGUGCGCCUCAUCAUUGCCGCCUGCGACGAGUCCAAGGAACUCAACAAGGACGCAACCCGCUGGUCCAAGAUCAAGCUCCUCCAUACCAACCCAGCCUACUUCCGCGCCCUCGUAUGCGGCUGCACAUUUGCAGUCAUCGCGCAGAUGUCCGGCUUCAACACCCUCAUGUACUACUCCGCAACGCUCUUCGACCUCGUGGGCUUCUCCGACCCCGUCGCCGUCGGCCUGGUCGUCGCAGGCACAAACUUCGUCAUGACCUGGGUCAACAUGAUGACCGUCGACCCCGUCGGCCGUAGACGCAUUGUCCUCCUAACAUCUUGGGGCAUGUCAGCUGGGCUCAUCGCCGUCGCCGUCGCAUUCCUCUUCAUCCCCGUCGACACAAACACGCUCGCUCUGGAAACAGAUACCGUCAGCCCCGCCGCCAUCGUCGUCCUCGUCUUCAUUAUCUGGUUCGUCUUCUUCUAUGGUGUUUCAAUGGGCAACACUGCCUGGAUGAAUACGGAUUUCUUCCCCAUGGAAGUUCGCGCGAUGGGUACAAUGUGGCUUACCUGCUGCUGCUGGGGCGCCAAUAUCAUUGUCUCGAGCACGUUCUUGAGUAUGAUGAAGGGGAUUACCCCCAGCGGGGCGUUUGGGUUCUAUGCGGCUGUUUGUGGGAUUGGGUAUAUUUUGAUUUACUUCUUCUAUCCCGAGGUUUCUGGGUUGACGCUUGAGGAGAUCAAGGAGGUGUUUCAGCACGGGUUUGGCGUUGCUUAUGCGAGGAAGUUGAGGAAGGAUAGGAAGGCAGGUAUUGUUAGGGAUAUUGGCAAGGAGAAGGAUGUUGAGGCGUAG